AUGGAUUUUGCGGAGGGGGGGCCGCAGAGCUCCACCCCAACCAGCACGCUCCACCCCCUGGACGGAACCUCCACUCCCCUCUCCCCCCCCUCCCUGCCUGUGGACCCCCCCACAGUGGAUGCAAUCCUCCAUUCGGACCUUGGCCGUAUUCGCCGGCUGUCUUCAAUAAGGGUUUCUUCGCCUACAGCUUCUGAGGGGGGGCAGGAAGAGCCCAGCCCGGAAGCCCCCGGAAGGAGGAGGGUUUCAACCGGGGGUUCCACAGGAGAAGGCAGCGGUAACAGCCCCUCCGUGAAACCGGGCCGGGCACGUGGCCGCCGCGCGUUCACGGUCAACGACGGGACCGUUUCUUGGGAGUCCGUCCAGCCCGGAACCAGUCCGUUCAGUCACCGGAGGCACACUGACCACGAACCGAGCGGCCGGGAAGAAUCUUUUGAAGACCAGCCGGGGCAGAAUGGCAGGACGGGACGCCUAAAGAAGCAGAAGAGUCUCCCCGGGCCGCGGGCGCUGGUGAGCAUUACAGAGAAUGGGGACAGCGAUGUGGAGAGAGGCGAGGAGGAGAAGGGGAUGGAUUCUAAAGAAAGGGAACGAACGGGUCGGUGGGGGGAAGGGAGGGGGCGGCGGCCGUCGAGGGGUCCGGUUGCGAUGCUGCGGUUGGGGCGGCAACACGGGGGGGCAAAAGGCCGGAAGAACGAAGGUCCACGAAGAGAGGGACCGGGGUACGACCCCGGGGCGUUGAUGCGGCCCUACUCGUCGGUGGCUCCAGACACACCGCAAGACAGUCCCGGGCCCGGCACGCCCGGAAGAAACAGCCCACGUCUUGACAGAAUACGACACAUGCUGAAGAUGAGCGGCUCUCCGAACGGCUCCCGGCGGCGGAGCUCCGUCAGCAGCAUCGGCGACCCGGAAAAGAUGGUGUCAAUGGAGAUCUCUCAGCUGGCCCCUGAAGGUCUUGACACUCCCUCCAAGGAGUCGACCGGGUUACCGUUCCGGAUAUCCCGGCGAGGGUUCUUCCGUGAGCUGUGGGCAGAAGCUCUAGAAGUUGCGGGAGAUGCGACGGAGGUGUUGAAGGGUCGCCUCAGCUUUACGUGGUUCAUGUUCUGGGCGCUCGUGUGCGUCCACGUGGCGAUGGCGGCGCAGUACCGCGGCACGCAGCAGCGCGCGUGCCUGCCGGGGUUCAAGGGAUCCCCCUACCUGAGCCAGAACUGCAAGUGGGGGCCGGGCACGCUCGUCGACGCGCUGAUACAGGACGAGCCGUUCAGCGUGCAGUUUCUGCAGCAGUGGGGCGCGCGAUACGGCGUGGCCGCGAUGGCUGGAGAAUGGUGGCGGUGGGUGUCCCCGGUGCUCAUUCACACCAGAUUGCUCCACCUGGCCGCCAUGGCAAUCCCCCUGGUGCUCGUGCUGUCGCUUCUGGAGACGCGCUGCGACACCGCCGUCGCGGCUUUUAGCUCCCUCCUGAUCACGUUCGGCUCCUGUCUGGUGGGCGCGGUCGCGGACAGCCGCUGCUGCACCGCGGCCGGCGCCGCGGGCCUCGUCGUCGGCGCCGCGGGCAUGCUCCUCGUGGAGCUCCCGCGCGCGCGCGCUUUCGCGGCCGCGCGCGCGCCGGCCUGGGCGGCGUACGGGGCGACGCUCGCGGCCGCGGGCUUGUGUGUUGUGGUGAUGGGCAUGUUGGACGCGUCCGCAGGCGCCCAGAUGUUCGUCUCCGUCUGGUCGCACGUCGGCGGCCUCCUCAGCGGCGUCGUCGUGGGCCUGGUCCGGCUAAACGCGAAGGAGAGCACGUUCCUCUGGCGGGGGAUCCCCCUGAUACCGGUCGGCAUCACCGCGGCCGCCAUGUCGCUCGUGUGCGGCGCGCUGACCCGGUUCUUCACCACGCCGCACGCCGCGCAGUGCGGCCCGCACAGCUGUCAAACCCUACCGCCCGGGAUGUAG